UGCACCUGAUCUCGACCCCCCUGGCGCACGCAUCCGACGAGUUCGCGCCCAAGGCGUGGGCAAAGUACGAGGACGUGGCCGCGCUCAAGGCACCCGGCGUGCGCCACCUGCACGGCAGCGUCGUCUCGGUCGACUGCGCCAAGAAGUCGGCCGUCAUCGCCAAGGCGGGGUCCCAGGAGCAAUUCGAGGAGGCCUACGACUUCCUGAUCGCCGGCUCCGGCCUCAGGCGCGCCUGGCCCGUCGUGCCGCAGUCAUUGGACAAGGCCUCGUAUCUGGCUGAGGUCGGCAGCCACAUCCAGAAGAUCAAGGACUCCGCUCGCGAGGGCGUCGUCGUUAUCGGCGGAGGCGCCGUCGGAAUCGAAAUGGCAGCCGAGCUGAAGCUGGUUUACCCGACGCUGAAAGUCACGCUUGUCCACUCUCGGGACAAACUCCUUUCGUCGGAGCCGCUGCCCGACGACUUCAAGGACCGUGCCCUGGCCGUCCUCCGCGAGUCCGGCGUUGAGACCGUCUUGGGCAGCCGCGUCCUCGAGACGACGCCCGUUAACGCCGAGGAUGGCUCUUCCUCGCACUUCAAGCUGACCCUGUCCGACGGCUCGAGCAUGAUCGCCGGCCAGGUCAUCAACGCCAUCUCCAAGAGCGUCCCCACCUCGUCCUACCUGCCAAAGGCCGUCCUGGACGAUGAAGGCUACGUCAAAGUCCAGCCCUCUCUGAAAUUCCAACCCGGCGACGUGCCCAACGCCGAGUACCACUACGCGGCCGGCGACAUCGUCAAGUGGUCCGGCAUCCGGCGCUGCGGCGGCGCCAUGCACAUGGGCCAGUACGCCGCCCAGAACAUCCACCUGCAGAUGCUGCGCGACACGACCGGCGAAGAGCCGGCCGCCUGGAAGGAGCUCAACGUCUUCCCGCCCAUGAUCGGCCUCGCCGUCGCCAAGAAGGCCGUCGUCUACGACCCCGACGAGGGCACCAGCGACGGCGAGCACCUGCUCAAGAGCUACUUUGGCCAGGAUCUGGGACACCAGAUUUGCUGGAACUACAUGGGCUUGGGUCGUGAGUUCGUCGCCGCGGCAUAG